GGAAGGCGGGAGAAGGUGCGGAAGUGGGGGAGAAGAGUGGAACAGAGACAGGUCGCGGAAAGGCCCAAGGAAGGACGCCAAAAAGAAGUUGGGGGAGGGGCAGGGCCGUGUAUUCCCGUCUCCAUGGUGACUGAUGGAACGCUGCGUGUCUUCCCCUCCCUCCCGUAAAAGACCCAGGGCGCAAGCGCGGCCCAGUCGUCAGAGCGACUCGGUGCGGAGCGGGCGGGGAUGGCGCAUUACAAGGCCACGGACUCUAAGCGGGAGCAGUUCCGCCGCUACCUGGAGAAAUCCGGGGUGCUGGACACGCUCACCAAAGUGUUGGUAGCCCUAUAUGAAGAGCCAGAAAAACCAAACAAUGCACUGGACUUUCUGAAGCAUCAUAUAGGAGCCGCAGCUCCAGAAAAUCCAGAAGUAGAGGCCCUUCGCCUGGAAGUGGCGGAGAUGAAAGAAAAAUACGAAGCUGUGUUGGAAGAAAACAAAAAACUAAAAGCAAAGUUGCUGAUCCAUGAGAGGACCUUUCCUCUUAUCCCAUGACUGCUUAGUUUGCUUAAGAGCCUUUGGUAAGGGACCAGGUCAGAGGCUUUCUGAAAGUUCAGGUACACUAUAUCCACUUGAUCACUCUUGUCCACAUUUGUUUUACAGUAAAAAGGCUAUAAGUAUUUGACUUGAACAUUCUGCUGAGUGAAGCUGUCAUGCUUAUCUAAAUGGUCCUGGCUUGGGUUAAAAUGGGAAUACUUCCUUGAGGGGAAAAAAUUAGAUGGAUUGUGUGGGGAGCAAGGAUGCAGUUAUUGCAUCUUGCAGGCAUUUUUUUUUGUCAUGGAUGGCUUAAAAUAAGUAAUCUGACUUUAGAAGAAGGGAGACUUCCCUAUGAAAGUGGUCUAAGAGAUCUGAUAAACUCAUUCAGUAAUGAGGGCUGAAUUAUAACUUAGUGUGUGGCCCAGAGUUAGUUUUGGGUCAUAUGCCACAACUCUGUGAAAAGGCGCAAGAGUCUGCCCUCAGGCAGUAACCAAGUUUGUUGGGGAAAUCAAGAAUGAUUCAGUGUCAUUAGGACCACCAAUUUUUCUGCUCUCAUUUCCUUGUAUCCUCCCUCUGUAUCUCUGAAAUGUUUCUCCCUAUUGAUUAGUACUUUCUCUUCUCCCCUCCUAUCUACUGUUUAUGCACUUUACCUCUUUUGUUCCAUCUGUCUUUUUUGUCCUGAACAGUCACCCAUUUCCCUGGGUCUUUGAGUUUUGUUGGGUUUCUGAAAGGCAGCAGAACAACUUUUACAUGAGAGGAUUGUGCGCAAAAUUGUGUUCUAAUCUACUUCCUUCAUUACUCUUUUAACAUGCAGAGCAUUAAAGAGGAAACUUUUAUUUUCCCUUUCCAUUAAGUACUGUAGCAAGGUUAAGUAACUAGCAAGUUGCCCUUUUCAGCUAGGUGCCUGUGUAAAGACCUCUCUGCACAGGGGAAAACCUGCUAAUCUGAUUCUCUUGUUAUGGGCAGAAGAACAGUACAUGUAAUUAACUGAAAAGCAAAACUUGACUAAGAUCCAGUCCAGAUGUUUUAUUUUGUAGCUAGUUUGGUGUGCAAAAGACAUGGAGCACUUUUCAGCAGCUGUUGCUGGCAGCACACUGCGAUAAAUUUAAUUGAACAUUAUUGUAAAUGCCAGAUGAAUAUUUCGAUCAGGCUAGGAAUUUCUAACCCAUAAAUGAGAAACAUUUUAAAUGCAAAAUUAAAACUGAGUGGCAGAUUCUAGAUAUUCUAAUAUUUACUUUCAUAACCUUCCCUAUGUCAGAGAUUCUUUUCAAAGGCUCUGAAAUCUACUUGGUCUUCAGCUACUUAAUUUUUAUACAUACGUAUCUAUAAUUGGAGAAUUCAGGGUGUAUUUUAAGUGGCCAAAUUAUCACUACAUCAGUGUGAAUUGUCGAUUAAGGUUCUGAUGGUAGGUUUGUCCUCUGUUUUAAACUUUACUCCUUGGAAUAGUCCCAUGAAUAGCUAAUACCCAUUCUAGUGGUGGAAGUCAGACCAUUUUACUCCAGCAUAUUUCAGUACAGCAUACAAGAAUGUAGGACAUUCUUCCCAAUACUAACUCAUGAGUAGCCAGUAUUGGGCAGUCACAAUGUAAAACCCUCUCUUCUUUAAAGUAAGAAAUUAAAUAUUUGUCAGUGGGAAAAACUCUCAAGCUUUUAAUGGAUCUUGUGUGCUGAAAUCUCCUGACUUUAUAAGUCACUUAAGAAUUUUUGAAAAUCCUGCCCUGCACCUUUAAAAGCCCCCCCCCAUAGCUGUAUUUUUGCACAAUACAUUGUGUUUUCUCUUCCCUCUCACCCCCACAAAAAAAAAGUUUACCGGGUAUGUUUGUAGUCUUUGAAAAUAAGUGGACCUAUCUGUAGAAUAAAGGUUGCUAUAAAACAAUUACUCCUCUCUCCUGUUGGGGUAAAAUAUGCCUUCAGGGUUUUUUUAACAUUCUAUAGCUAACAAAAUCACUCCUUUUUUUAAUUCUACAGCUGUCUCAGUAUGAACCACCUCCAGAAGAGAAGCGUGGUGAAUAGGAAUGCUUUCACCUUUUGGUUACUUAACUGAAUAAAGGGCUUCAUCAGAA